AUGUUUGCUCUUGACUUCGUCUCUUUGUUGCUAUCUAAGCAUGCUCCACGCCAGGCCGAAACCUCCAUGUCCGCGUACCUGAAGCAAAUUGCACCUGUCGGCUCCCUGAACUCCGAAGUCGUGAACCCUCCCCCGAAACCCGAAUCAACUACGAAAGAUGUUUCGACUGUAUCCAGAGGGUGGAGGACGCAGAACUUCAAUUCGGCGGCUCACAAGCUAUUGAAUGCCUCCACGAGACUCGAAGGCGAAAUCAUAUCAGAGACACGAUACUGGAAUGAGGUUCUAGCCAUUAAAGAGAAUGGCUGGAAGAUCUGCAGAUUGCCUCGUGAAAGGCAAGCGUUGGGUGUACAGUACGGAUUCCUGGAAGCCACACCAGUUUUCCGCGACCGUGGACUGGCUUCCCUUCGACGGGCCGAGAAUGGAAGCUUGAUCCUGGACAAAGGUUUGAUUCCUUCUGGUUCGCGCUACGUCCGAGUUCGUGUGAAACAAGGGUCUACUGUCUCCACAAGCUCACAUCCGACUGAGUCAACCUCGAUUGACAUCGAAACGAUUGAACAACGUAUUCUCCAGGCGCGCGACUCCGUAUUUGAAGAAGAGCUGUUUCAUGAGCUGGUCCGAGAAGCCCGGUCUAUGGCAAGCUCUGGCGUCACAACGCGUGAGAAUCUCAUUCGAAUUCCUGCUUCUGAUGAAAUGGAAAUUCAGUUGGAUUUAGUGGAUAGCAACGAUGACAGCCUCCAGCCCGAUCAAAACUCCUUCCAGCGCGACAGCCUUCUCGCGGACGGUCUGGCACAUUCAAUACGCGUCCUUCUCGCAUAUGCCCAUCGCCAGAAUCUGCACCGACGAACCCAAAUCCCGCCGCCACUCACUUCCAAGAAGCGACAUACUCCGGAGUAUCAACUCCUUCGGCCCGCGUUAGCUUACCUGCAGCACUUAUCGUGCGUCAAAUGGUUAGAAUCAUACUUUAGUGACCUGUUUGGUGUUUUGCGGUCGUCUGGAUUGGAAAUUUCGGAAUAUAGUUCGGACACAUUCUCGACCUGGCAACAGAUCUGUCUGUCUCCUUCAGCGCCUACGAUUGAGGCUCUUGUUGAGAACUUCCUGAGACCAAUUCAGUCAGUAUUUCGUGGUCAGCUUCUCACGCCAAACGGCUCUUUCGCUGUUACUAUUCGGACCAACCUCUCGGGUCCGCCAUUCGGUACACUUUUUGACCUCUCAUUCAAGCUGCCAACGGUCUCGGACCUCAAGUCUCCUGGCUGUCUUGGAAUGAGAGAUGAAGUCGAAUCCGCAAUUACUCAUCUACUGCUUCUGGACGUCAUUUCUCAUAUCGCAUCCAAAGAACUUCCAGCACAGACAACAGAGAGCCCUGACUCGGCAGUCUCUCAAAAGUGCAAGUGGAAUGUAGUAUAUCCCCACCUGGGAGAGCUUUUGCUGAGCUCAGAGAAACCCGAAAAGCACAAGAAGAUGAAGGUUUCCCUAACUCGUUCCGGCUUGAGUCUUUCGAGUUACGUUGUGCGAAGUAUUGAUGGCAUUGGACGAGGUGCCCAAGAACGGCCGUCUCUCGAUUCCCAGCCGUCGACUUGGACAUCAUUCUCAAAUUCGACCACCAGUCCUGACGACAAGUCUUCUAUGAUGGACUUCAUUGUUGCUCAAGCAUGCCAAGGCGAGUGA